AAGUAAAACCUAGGGUUUGAGUAUAAACACUGAACACACAAGCCGCAGCACCAUUUGGCGAAGCAGAGAAACACACAGAUCUUACAAGCAAGCUUCAAUGGCACCCAGCACCAAGACCAAAGUGAGCCGCAACCCAGACCUCAUCCGUGGGGUCGGCAAGUAUUCUCGAUCCCAAAUGUACCACAAGCGUGGUCUCUGGGCCAUCAAGGCCAAAAACGGCGGCGUUUUCCCCCGCCACGACGCCAAGCCUGCGGCGGCUGAGCCGGUUGUUAAGCCUCCCAAGUACUACCCAGCUGAUGAUGUCAAGAAGCCCUUGGCUAAUAAGCGCAAGGCCCGGCCCACCAAGCUAAGGGCAAGUAUUACACCGGGGACAGUGUUGAUUAUCUUGUCUGGGAGGUUUAAGGGCAAGCGUGUUGUGUUUCUGAAGCAGCUCGCAUCUGGAUUGCUUCUUGUUACUGGCCCAUUUAAAAUUAAUGGCGUCCCUUUGAGACGUGUCAACCAAGCAUAUGUGAUUGCUACAUCUACCAAGGUUGACAUUGCUGGUGUUAAUGUUGAAAAGUUUGAUGACAAAUACUUUGCAAAGGAGGUAGCAAAGAAGAACAAGAAAGGAGAAGGGGAGUUUUUUGAGGCGGAGAAAGAUGAGAAGAAGACACUCCCAGCAGCUAAGAAGGAGGAUCAGCAAGGGGUAGAUGCAGUCUUGUUGAAGUCUAUUGAGUGCGUACCAGACUUGAAGACGUACCUUAGUGCCAGAUUUUCCCUUAUGUCAGGAAUGAAACCCCAUGAGCUUGUUUUCUAAGUUUAUGUCAGUUUGUUUGUUCACCAGUUUUUCAUCUACAAUUUCUCUCAUUUGUGAGAUAGGAAUGUACUAUUUUGUUUCCUUAGAUAUUAAGAUUGCUGAUAAAUUAAUGAACAAUUUCAUUUUGCUGA